AUGAGUCGACUCAAAAGUGCCCGUCGAUCCAGACAGACGUCGAUUCCAUCGGCCGACAUCACACCUGAAAAAAACAACUCAAGAUCAAAUUCAUCAACUCCCACCAAAUCUCCUAAAGUCAAGAGAACAUAUAAGUCACAACCAAAAAAGACAAAUUACUUCCAAAAUGUGAACCCAUCGAAUUUUACUGAAGGAAUGGCUAACAAAUCUGAUGAGGAAUUAUCAGAGAAAGAUAAGGUUAUCAAGGCAAAGGAGGAAGACAAUGUCAUUGGUCCAAAACUUCCAAAUAAAAGUCGAAGAAAUUUUCUUAUGGUGGACGAAGAUUACGAACAGGGCGAAUACAAGGACAAUAAUAGCGCGGAAGAGGAUGGUUUAUUAGUCGAGUCGAGUAAUAAAAAUGCACAGACUUUAAAAGCUUCAAAAGGUGCUCGGGGAAGGGAUAGCGAUAACAGUAGAGAUGAAGAAGAUGAGAAGAAAUCGAGUAGCGAAGCUGGGGGAGUAAUUUCGACCAAGAAAAGCAGUGACGAUGAAGAAAACUCGGAAAAUAAUAGUGAAAAUGAAGUGUUUAGAGAUGCGAGUGGGAAUAGUGAUAAAGAUACCAACGAAGGGGAGGACGGCGAAUUCACCGAGGAAGAAGAAAUCAUGGAAGAUGAUUCGGAAAAAGAAACCGAUGGAUCCGAAGAUAACAGCGAUCAUGAUAUGGAAGUCGACGUGGUUUCUUCAAAUGAGACAAAAAAAAUGACACAUGCACAAGGGGGAUCGAAAGAUUUUUCUGGGGAUAAAAAAGAAGAAAAAGAUUCAGAACCGAUACCGCUACUGUCACGUCCAGGUGCCGCUAAACAAUUUCGAGAUUAUUAUAUGUCACAAAUGACGAAAGCUUUCGGCGACGAUUUGGAUGUAAUUCGAAAGGAGUCCAACCUUGAUGAAAACAAAAUAGAAAUCCUAAAAGAUACGUUAGAAUCGGGCAUUGUGAUUUUUUCAGAAGUGGAGAAAGAAUUGACCUUGGCAUCUCAAAAACUUCAAUAG